CGUCAAUCCGUCCAACUACACUCCCCGUCGCCAAUUCGAACGAAGAAAUGGGGACCUCCCAAUUCACCAUGCGGUCUCUCCUCGGCCUCGCGCUCCUGCUGCUGGUGCAGCUCUCCGCGGCCCUGAAAUUCGAUCUCUCGGCCGUGAGCGGCAAGAAUGAACGGUGUAUACGCAACUUCGUGUUCAAGGAUCAGCUGGUUGUUGUCACGGCGAUCGUGAGCGGGAAUAAGGGUGAUGGGCAGGUUGUGAAUAUGCAUAUCAAGGAUGCUCUGGGCAACGACCACGGUCGUCCGAAGGAUAUCGCCGGCGAGACUCGUCAGGCGUUCACUUCGCCCGCUGAUACCGCUUUCGAUGUUUGCUUCGAUAACCAGCUGGAUACUCGCAAACCCAACUCCAACCCCUUCAAGUCCAUCGAACUCGACGUCGACAUCGGCGCCGACGCCCGCGACUGGUCCAGCAUCCAGGUCCAGGAGAAGCUCAAGCCCGUCGAGACCGACCUCCGCCGCAUCGAGGAGAUGGUGGCCGAGAUCGUCAGCGAGAUGGAAUACCUGCGUGCCCGCGAGCAGAAGCUCCGCGACACCAACGAGAGCACGAACGAGCGUGUCAAGUGGUUCGCUUUCGGGACUAUGGGCAUGCUGGUUGGCUUGGGCGCUUGGCAGGUGGUGUAUCUGCGGGCUUACUUUAGCGAUGCAGGAGUAGCAUCUGAGAAUAUUGUUCUCUGGGGGUUCCUUUGCGUUAUUAGGGAGUUUUGUAUAUCUCUGACUACUCAAUCUCGAUCAUCUCGACCUCCCCAGGUUCUCUCCAUCAUCUAUCUCCCUCAUAUACACACCAUCACCAUGUCCACCCCCCGUCUCAUCACCCGCUUCAUGCGGCCCACCACCACCAUCUCGAGCUUCGCCCGUCGCUCCUUCGGCAGCUCGGCCAUCCAAGCCAGCAAGAACCGCUCGCCAUCCACGGCCCCCGAGCACCGCGAGAACCAGACCAACAAGCCCCCGAACACCUUCGUGCCCAACACCACCUCCACGCUGACCAAGGACUUCCCCAAGGUGGGCGAGAGGCCCGCGCCUCCCGAGAUGCUCAACUCGGUCGAUCCGAACUACAAGCCGGCGGAUCCAUACCCGGGCAAGAUCGAGCAUUUCACCGGCGGACGGCAGGAGACGGGCGCGCAGAAGCCCGAGCUGGGCGUGGGUGAGAUGGAGGGUAUCACCUUUAAGGUUGAGCCGCUGCGUCGCAAGGAUGAAGAUGUCUCGACUAUGAGGGCUAGGAUGUUGUACCAAAGCCGCAAGCGCGGCAUCCUCGAAUCCGACCUCCUACUCUCCACCUUCGCGGACGUCUACUUGGCCAACAUGGACAAGACGCAGCUGCAGGAGUACGACCGGUUCCUGGACGAGAACGACUGGGACAUCUACUACUGGGCUACGCAGGAUGCGCCGAUCAAUGAGGCCAACUCGACGGAGGCGGGCGCGCAGGAUACCCCCACGGAGACGUGGAAGCGCACGGGGGCCAAGAGCGGCGAGUGGGCGCAGACGGUGGGCGCGUUCAAGGCGGCGUAUCGGCCGGUGCCGACUCGGUGGGCCGAGUCGGAUGUGCUGAGGCUGUUGCGCCAGCAUGUGCGGGACAACAGUGCGACUGGGUUCCAGGCGGCGAAGAGCAAGAAGACGGGGGGGAAGGGGUUGGGACGGAUGCCGAAUGUGCAGCCCAGCGUCAACGACAAUUGCUCCGCCCGCCUUCAUCCUCUCCUACCAUCCCUCUCCCAGACUUCGAUCAUGGCUGAGCAGCUGGUCCUUCGCGGCACCCUCGAGGGCCACAAUGGCUGGGUUACCUCCCUCGCCACCUCUCUGGAGAACCCCAACAUGCUGCUCUCUGGCAGUCGCGACAAGACCCUGAUCAUCUGGAACCUGACCCGCGACGAGCAGGCCUACGGUUACCCCAAGCGCAGCCUUGAGGGUCACUCUCACAUCGUCUCUGACUGUGUGAUCUCCUCCGACGGUGCUUACGCUCUGUCCUCCUCCUGGGACAAGUCCCUCCGCCUGUGGGAGCUCUCCACCGGUGAGACCACCCGGACUUUCGUCGGCCACACCAACGACGUCCUCUCCGUUUCCUUCUCCGCCGACAACCGCCAGAUUGUCUCCGCCUCCCGGGACCGCUCCAUCAAGCUCUGGAACACCCUGGGUGACUGCAAGUUCACCAUCACCGACAAGGGCCACACCGAGUGGGUGUCCUGCGUGCGCUUCAGCCCCAACCCCCAGAACCCCGUCAUCGUCUCCGCUGGCUGGGACAAGCUCGUCAAGGUUUGGGAGCUCGCUUCCUGCCGUCUCCAGACCGACCACAUCGGUCACACCGGAUACAUCAACACCGUCACCAUCUCCCCCGAUGGAUCCCUGUGCGCCUCCGGUGGCAAGGACGGCACCACCAUGCUCUGGGAUCUCAACGAGUCCAAGCACCUCUACUCCCUCCACGCCGGUGACGAGAUCCACGCCCUCGUCUUCUCCCCCAACCGGUACUGGCUGUGCGCUGCCACCGCCAGCUCCAUCACCAUCUUCGACCUCGAGAAGAAGAGCAAGGUGGACGAGCUCAAGCCCGAGUACAUCGAGAAGGGCAAGAAGAGCCGCGAGCCCGAGUGUGUCAGCUUGGCCUGGAGCGCUGACGGCCAGACUCUGUUCGCUGGUUACACCGACAACAAGAUCCGUGCCUGGGGUGUUAUGUCGAGGGCCUAGAUAUCCUCUCCAUAUUUGAUCUGAGCGCGGUGUAGACGGGGUGUUUCAUGGAGAAAGAGAGAGAGAGAGGGAGAAGAGAGCCAAACAAACAAGAUAACUCCAUUUCUGUUUUUUAUCAUCUUUUUUUCCUACCAAAAAUGAAUGGGCAAAAGGCAUUGGGUUGGGAUUGUAUGAGCCAUGAGCAAAUGAAGAGUACACUCCGUCCGUUUCCCCCCUGCUUCCGGAGACAUAAUACCUCUCCCGGGGCUGGACGGGCUGGUUUAUCUCACACAUGUCUAGCUUUACUCGAUUCGUUCGUCAUAAAAUCCGAAAUGUCUGGAAUCUUGUGAACGAUGGCAUGCAUGUUCUAAUACCAUUUUAAAAAAGAC